CUCUCUGUCUUAUUUUGUCUUGUCUUAUCUUGUUUAUUUCGUUGUCGGGAUAUAUAAAACAAGAAUUCCUUGGAAAUACCAACAACCUCUAUACUACCGUCCAACAAAGUAAAGAAAAAAAAAUAGAAACUGAAACAAUGGCGAGCUGCAUCGGUGGUUUUUACGCCUUUAUGGCAAGACUGCAGAAGCUUAUCGGCGGCAAAUCUUCUAAGUCGGUUCCCGAAAAGCCGGCUCUCCAGAUUUCGGCGCCUUUCAACUUCAAGCACGAGACGCUCUCAUUACCGGGUGUGUCAGAAGAUGAGAUCGCUAUUCUGAAGGAGCAAGCAGCCGCAUCCCGCUUUCCAGCCGCCGAUCCGUCUUCCAUCGGCACUCCGCGCAAAGCUCCGGCUCCGCCAUCCUCCCUGCAUCCCGUGCCGCCUACGCUGAAGGUUACCCCAAGUACACCUAUCUCGCCUGUUGAGAACCUCAUUUAGAGAUCCCUAAGCAGAAGAAUCUCUUCUCUUCCCCACACCACAAAGUCACCUUUUGGAAAUCAAACGGAGCUCUUCAAUACUA